UUCGAAAAUAGCGCCACGAAGUUUGCAAGCCAACGGACGCGUGUGCAUGAAGAGGACACGUGUCAGCUUCCCACCUGCUCUGUUUUUUUCUUACAAAUUCUCUGUCACACUAGCACUCUUGUUCCUGUUUUGUUCCAAGAAAGAAAAAAAGAAAAAAAGAGGAAAAUAAAUAAAUAAUAAAUUUGAAAAUGAGUUUGGAGAAGCGUUCGUUGAUUGAUGAGCUGAGUAGCUUUGACAGCGGCGGGUUCUUAGAUCUGGGUCACCCUCUUCUUAAUCGCAUGGCCGAAAGCUUCACUAAAGCUGCUGGGAUUGGAGCUAUUCAAGCAGUUUCUCGCGAAGCCUAUUUUACAGCUGUCGAAAGUGGGAGUGGAAGCACUUCUGAGAAUGGAGCCUCCAAGAAGCAUCAUCACUUUCCAGAUCUUAGAGGAGAAAAUAACAGAAAGUCAGUUGAGGCUCUGGUUAAGAGCACUGGCAAAGAAUCUAUGCAAUGGGGUCUAGCAGCAGGAGUGUAUUCCGGCCUUACAUACGGGUUGAAAGAGGCAAGAGGCGUUCACGAUUGGAAGAAUAGUGCAUUGGCUGGAGCAAUAACAGGGGCGGCAUUGGCGUUGACUUCAGAGGACCACUCGCACGAGCAGGUGGUGCAGUGUGCUAUGACCGGAGCUGCAAUCUCCACUGCCGCUAAUCUUCUCACCGGAAUAUUCUAAGCUUUCGUAAAUUGUACUAUUUAAAUUCUAGCACUUUCAUGUGUUUGUUUUUUGUUCUGUUUUAGGAUUCCUUGUGUAGAAAAGAUCUUGUUAUCGCCUGAAGUUGUUUUUGCCCGAUUUUUGGGAUCUCGUUUUUAUUUAGUUUUGGAAAA